AGAAGGCCGAAAUCGAAGAAACAAAAGAAAAUAAGAAGGGUUCGAUUCUUCGCUCUUUAAUUCAAUUCAAUUGAAAAACAGAUGUAGAAGGCCAAAAUUGCAGAAACUGGACUUCACGUAAAUUUGAGAUUUUGUGUCUGGGCUGAAGACUCCAAUCAGAUUAGCUUCACUUUUGUCUGAUUGAUUGGCAGGCAUGGAUGAGCAAUUCAUUCUUAGAGUUCCUCCUUCUCUUGCUGAACGCAUAGAUCGCCUUCUAAGUGAAAAUGCUUCAUCUUCUGAGGACAAAUCACUUGAUUUGGUAUUUUCUGCAGACGAUGGACGGACUGGUACAUUUGUCAUUGGCAAUGAUUAUUUCCCUGCAUCUCUUUUGGAUCUUCCUUGUGUUGUUGAGUCAUACAAAACUUACGAUGAUAGUGCCCUAGUUAAGACAGCUGAUGUUGGCCAGAUGAUUUUGGUCAGAGAGUCAGGAGAAGCUUCUCAAGAUGUGGUGGAGUACAGGCAUGGUCUGACCCCUCCGAUGAGGGAUGCACGGAAGCGAAGAUUUCGUAGGGAGCCAGAUUUAAAUCCAGAGUUUGUACAACGUGUUGAAAAAGAUUUAGUGAACAUCAUGUCUGGAGGAACUGUUGAAAAUCUUGAUGCUGAAGCCAAUGGGCAGGGAGAAGCUGGUGAUGAGAAUGCUCGCAAUGCAAAUACGAAAGCUCCAGUUGCUGCUGCUGCAGCUGCUGCAAAGCCCGAGGUUUCAGGACCAGGAGGCAAUGCUGGGGAGCCUGAUGGAACUGACUCUGAUGAUUCUGAUGAUUCAAUGUGAAUUCAAGUUUCAAGCACGGCUUUUAUAGUUAUGUGAUUUAGCUGAGGAUUUCGAUACCGUCAGUUUUUCAGAUGUGCUUUUGAAGAUGGUUCACAGCAUCACAAUUUAUAGGGUUGGCUGAGAACCAGGCUCUACUAUUAUCAAACCCUAUCUCUCCCCUCCUUGUAAUCUUCCUCUUUUCUUUUUUUGUUUUUUGUUUAAUUUUGUUAUCCACCCUUUCAACUCUGCUUGUGGUUUGAAAAAUUGGGGUGAAUUUUGGAUUAAUACUAAAAAAUAAAAAGCCAUAAAACACAGUAGUAAAGAAAUUGCAACAACAGUGUAAAUUCCAUCUUUGCAAAACUAUCUGAAUUGGGUUUGAAUUUGGAAAAGGCUUGUUUGGACUUUGGAGCGUGUAUUAGUCCAUUCUCCAUAUCAAAACUUAACAAAUUUCUAACCAAAACUUUUCAGUUUAGGCUGGAUUAGCUAGUUCUAGCAUGUUAUUUGAAUAGUAUUAACCAAAAAAAAAAAGGAAAAAAGAAAGAAAAUGUAUAGA